AUGGCCGCCCCUCACCGUGAUGCCCUGGUAGGCUCUUCCACUCCGACUGACGGCUACGAGUCGCCCACCGAGGAAAACCAGCCCGCCUUCUUCUUCGGCCCAACUCCGACCGCCUCUGGGGCGACGACGCCGGCCAGGAUCCCGAUAACAUGCCAGGCCUCAGUAGCAGCCGGCGUCACGUUCCUUGAGCGCGCUCACCCGCGUCUCGAUGGCUAUCAGUCGUCGAAUGGGCCGUCCAAUCUUGACGCUGUCGUUCGAGAUACUGAGAAGAGCAGCGUACACCGCCAGGUUGGGCUCAAAGACCGCAUUGCUUGCUAUCAAUGGCAGUUCUUCACCAUGUUUGUCCAUUGUUCUCCAUUCUUCGAGACGAACUUCUCAUACAUUGCCAGCAUUGCCGUCAUCCUCACCAACAUAUGCCAGUAUGGCGCUCCGCAUUGUGGUGUUUGGCUCCUCAAGACCUUGCAAAUCCUGUUCUGGAUAUACACAGGACUGAGCGCGGCUGCCAGCGCUGGCCUGUAUCUCAUCCUGUGGUCAACCUUGGUGUUCCCAAUCCAUAUGAUGACGCCGACCUGGGUUUUCCCUGCAUAUCCGCUCAUGCUCACGGCUCCGUUUGCCGGUAACCUCAUUGCGGCGGCCUCCGCCACUGGUCGUAUCGACGUGUUGUAUGCUCCAGCGGUUGCUCUAUCAGCUGUUGCCACUCAAGGCACGGGAUGUUUGAUAUCUCUCAUGAUAUCGUCCGCUUUCAUUUAUAGGCUGAUGACACAGAAACUACCCCGGGACUUCCAACGGCCUGGUGUUUUCAUCUCGAUUGGACCCUACGCUUUCACUGCUGCGUCAAUUGCACAACUCGGAAGUCAAGCCAAUGUUAUCCUCCCCUCGGGUUUCCUCGGCACAGUACACGGUGCCGACAUCAUCAAGGUCAUUUCCAUUCUUGUAGCCCUUUGGCUGUACGGCCUUUCCACGUGGUUUUUCCUGGUUUCUGUCGGAUCACUAUGGAAGUAUGUCCGGACGGGAAAGGGCAUGCCAUUCCAGAUGACUUGGUGGUCAUUUGUAUUUCCCAAUACGGCUCUCGUCAGCGCAACCGAAAUCAUGGGGACCAUUUUCGAGAGCCGGGGCCUGCAGCUGUUUGGAUGCGCCAUGACGAUUGCUCUUGUCAUUGCGUGGGUUAGCAUCUUUGCGACGAUGAUUGUUUGCAUCAGGCAGAAGAAGCUGCUUUGGCCAAAGACCAAAGCAUAA